UAGAGCGCUGCGUCAUCGUUCUGCGCCAGCCAGAAGCAAAGAAGGAAGGAGAAGAGAGGGGAAGGCUGACCUGCGGCUGGAGGAGGCUCCGCGGCCAAGAUGGGGGGAGGCGAUCUGAACUUGAAGAAAAGCUGGCAUCCACAAACCUUGCGUAACGUGGAAAAAGUUUGGAAGGCAGAACAGAAACAUGAAGCUGAACGCAAGAAAAUCGAGGAGCUCCAACGGGAGCUGCAUGAGGAACGAGCACGAGAAGAAAUGCAACGCUAUGCAGAGGAUGUGGGCGCUGUCAAGAAAAAAGAUGAGAAGCUAGAAUGGAUGUACCAAGGACCGGGAGGCAUGGUGAACAGAGAGGAAUACCUUAUGGGCCGCCCAGUUGACAAAUAUGUCUUUGAGGCAAUGGAAGACAAGGAGGCAGGCUGUUCCUCUGAGACCGGCCUUCUGCCAGGCUCCAUCUUUGCCCCUACGGGUGCCAACUCUGCCUUGGAUAUGGCCAGCAAAAUCCGAGAAGACCCACUUUUCAUGAUAAGGAAGAGGGAGGAGGAAAAGAAACGGGAAGUUCUGAACAAUCCAGUAAAAAUGAAGAAGAUCAAAGAAUUGCUGCAAAGCAGUUUGGAUAAGAAGAAAAAGAAGAAGAAAAAGGAGAAGAAAAAGAAACACAAGAAGCAUCGGCACCACAGUCCUAGUAGCAGCGAUGACGAGCAGAACAAAAUUAGGUCACGAGAGAGAAUGGACAACUCUUCAGAACCAUUUCACUCCAAGAUGCCAGAGUAUGGCUUGCAGAUUCGAGGUAACGGUCAUGACAAGGUGCUUUCGCAUAAGCUGAAAGAGAGGUCUAUGUCUAAGAGCCAAUGCCUAUCACCAGAGAGGCACUCUAGCAAGAAAGAUCCAUAUGAGGUGGAGCAGAGCAGUCGCAGGAGGUCAAGAUCACCUAGAGACAAUAAACAGCACAACAGCAGGGACCAGAAGACAAAAGCAGCGGGGAGGAGUAUUUCUCCUAAAAGAGAAAGCCACAGAAGACAACAGACCUCAAGAAAACUCUCAGCAGAAGAACUGGAGAAGAAGCGGCAAGAAAUGAUAGAGAAUGCCAAGUGGCGAGAAGAGGAAAGGGCGAACAAUGUGAACAGACAUAGAAAAGAAGAGGAACGAGAGCGAGCCCUGGAGAAACUUGGCCGUAGUGAUGGGAAGUUCAUACACCAUAUGAAGCUGGAGAGUGCAUCUACUUCCUCUCUUGAAGAUCGAGUCAAAAGGAACAUUCACUCAAUUCAAAGGACUGCAGCUGCCCUGGAAAAGAACUUCAUGCAGAGAUGAGAAUCUCUUUUUUCUUCACGACACCUUUGAGAAUUUGUAUUUGAGGCGUGCUUUUUUAAUCCCAAAGGGAUGAGGGAAACAGAAAAACUGACCACCAGACUUUCACAGCCUUUGAUCAGCUUUUUUUUUUCUGUGUGAGAGAUGUGAGAGCAAUGAGCGACAGUUCACUGUGAUGCAUUGCUACAAAGACAGUUCUAAAAUACACCAACUUAGUGUUUUGAAAUUCUCUAGAUUCAGCUUUUUUUUGUUUAACUUGGUGUGCUCUUCAUAAGCUAUUUUAGCAAGAGUCUGCGACUUAAUUUGAAGCACCAUAAUUUCCCCAUAGUGUAGAAGGGCUUUAAGAUUUAGAUACUUACUUAGGCGAUCCCUCGUAGUCCGAGGAUGAUGGUCCUCCAAGUAUAGUGUCCUGGCAGUGGGUCCGUAGGUGACUGUGGAGCCCUAUUCUCAAUCUGCAUCUCCUCCCACAGUGAGGGCAUUGGUUUCCAGGUGGAAGGCGGUCCCGGUCGGGUUGGCUUGAUGCGCCUUCCUCUUGGCAUGUUUCUCUCUUUCGCCCUCCAUUCAUGCCUCUUAAAAUUCUACAGCAUUUUAAAAUACUACAGCAAAUUCUCAAGGGCCAGGGCUUCCCAGUUCUCAGUGUCUAUACCACAGUUUUUAAGGUUGGCUUUGAGCCCAUCUUUAAAUCUCUUUUCCUGCCCAACAACAUUCCAUUUUCCGUUCUUGAGUUUGGAAUAGAGAAACUGCUUUGGGAGAUGGUGGUCGGGCAUCUGGACAACAUGGCCAGUCCAGCGGAGUUGAUGGUGGAGGACCAUCGCUUCAGUGCUGGUGGUCUUUGCUUCUUCCAGCAUGCUGACAUUUGUCCGCUUGUCUUCCCAAGAUAUUUGCAGGAUUUUUCGGAGGCAGCGCUGAUGGAAUCAUACCAGGAGUUGCAUGUAUUUAUUUGUUUGUCAUGUCAGGGCAACCAGUCAUUUAUAUUACAUUUCUAACAGAAGAAAGCAAACAAACAGACAUAAUACAAAAUUUGUGAGUUUGGUAGUUGAUUAAAUGUCUUUUGACCAGUAGCUGACCACUUGGAGUGCUUCUGGUGUUGCUGCAAGGAGGUCCUCCAUUGUGCAUGUGGCAGGGCUCAGGUUGCAUUGCAGUAGGUGGUCAGUGGUUUGCUCCUCUCCACAUUCGCAUGUCGUGGAUUCCACUUUGUAGCCCCAUUUCUUGAGGUUGGCUCUGCAUCUUGUGGUGCCAGAGCGCAGUCUGUUCAGUGCCUUCCAAGUUGCCCAGUUUUCUGUGUGCCCAGGGGGGAGUCUCUCAUUUGGUAUCAGCCAUUGGUUGAGGUUCUGGGUUUGGGCCUGCCACUUUUGGACUCUUGCUUGCUGAGGUGUUCCAGUGAGUGUCUCUGUAGAUCUUAGAAAACUAUUUCUAGAUUUAAGUCAUUGAGGAGUUGCAUGUGAUGUCUGUAGACUGUCCACGUCUCGCAGGCAUAUAUCAGGGUUAGGAGGACAAUAGCUUUAUAAACAAGCACCAUGGUAUCCCUACAGAUGUCCCAGUCCUCAAACACUCUCUGCUUCAUUCCGAAAAAUCUGCACUCGCAGAGCUCAGGCGGUGUUGUAUUUCAGUGUCAAUGUUGACUUUUGUGGAGAGGUGGCUGCCGAGGUAGCAGAAAUGGUCAACAUUUUCUAAUGUUACACCAUUAAGUUGUAUUUCUGGCAUUGGAGAGGGAUUGGCUGGUGACUGCUGGAAGAGCACUUUGGUUUUCUUGAUGUUUAAUGACAGGCCGAGCUUCUCGUAAGCUUCUGUGAAAGUGUUUAGAGUGGGCUUGUAGGUGUUCUUCUGAAUGUGCACAGACGACGUUGUCAUUUAAGAUUUAGAUAUGGGGGUAUGAAAUAACUCAGGUUGCUACCUUGUAUGUGCACAUCAACAAUGGGCAUCAGUAGUAAGAAAGAGGGCAAGAAAAGGAGAAAAAAUCCACCCCACCCCCUCAAAAAAACCUGACAUUUGAUUAUUUGAUAUAACUGCCCAUUUUGGAAGGGCUUAGCGCAGCUGGUGUUUAGACAGAUCCAGACUUACAGUGAGAUCCACUAGAGAAUGCAAAAGCUCAUUUUUUUGUCUUGUUGGCUUGUUUUUCUCUGCUCUUCAAGAACAGUGUUUCCUUCAACCCAAUCCCUACUUGCGACCUUAAACAAGAGUUUUUGCCACAUAUCUAAUGCUACAGAACCAGCAGCUCAUUUUUUAAAGAAAAAUUGGAAAUGUAUUUGUGUUUUAAUGAAGACUUUUGUGUCUAGUAGGCACAAAACAGAUUUUUGAAAUAGACACGCAUACUUUAGGGAGAAAAAGCAAAAUGUAACUUUGGGUCCAAUAGAACUUCAAUACAGCAUUCUUCUGUAUAUAUUUUCUUUAUUAAUGUUGUAAAUAUUGAACUUUGUCUAUCUGUCUGGCAUUUAAUAUAAUGCAUUUUAAGCAGACAAUGUGUUGGUAUCAUUAACAAGAGAUUUAUGUUAUAGGCCAGAGCUUUUGAAACUAUGUCACUGUGUUGGCUGCAGUGUGUAGGUGUGUCAUGCAAAGUGACGAAAAAGAAGAAAAAAUCUUGGAAAUCCAUAUUAUCUUCCAAAUCAUAUAUUUUUUAAAACAUAAAAUGAAAGGUGUUUACAAGA